AUGGCAAUCCAAUCACUACGUGAAAUCAACGCUUACAAUCUGCGCACCUUCAAGCACCACUAUGUCUCCGAGAUCUCAGGCUCGCUCGGCGAUCUAGGCACAUUCCUGCCUAUCGCGCUUGCGCUAGCUGUCAACGGCACUGUCUCCCUCGCCAGUACAUUGAUCUUCUCCGGAAUUUUCAAUAUUCUAACUGGUCUGUUCUUUGGUAUUCCACUGCCAGUCCAGCCGAUGAAGGCAAUCGCCGCAGUGGCUAUCGCGCGCAGUUUCUCAAAUGGCACGAUCGCUGCAGCGGGGAUCUUCGUCGGCGGCUGUAUCCUUGUCUUCAGCUUGACGGGUAUCUUGCACUGGUUCGCCAGUGUGAUUCCUAUUCCGGUUAUCAAAGGUAUCCAAGUCGGGGCGGGAUUAUCCUUGAUCAUCGCAGCCUGCAGCAGCAUGCUGCACCCAUUGGGCUGGACCAGCCCCUCCUGGGCCGAUAACCGUAUCUGGGCAAUCGCUGCAUUUGUUGCGCUUCUGCUCACCAAUGUUUAUCGCCGAGUACCCUAUGCAAUUGCCGUGUUGGUGCUAGGUCUGGUGUUUGCCAUUAUUCGGACUACAGUCGCUGGACAUAUGCCCGCUUUCGAAGUGUGGCAUCCUUUCGCUCUGGUUCCGACCCCACAUCAAUGGCGCGUCGGUGCUGUGGACGCUGGUAUUGGUCAAAUUCCUCUUACCACCCUGAAUUCUAUUGUGGCGGUUGUUCACUUGGCGAGUGAUCUACUGCCGGAUGUCCGCACUCCGUCCAUCACCAACGUCGGGUUGAGCGUAGCCGGCAUGAACUUGAUUGGCUGCUGGUUCGGUGCUAUGCCCGUCUGUCAUGGUUCCGGUGGUCUUGCCGCGCAGUAUCGGUUCGGAGCUCGCUCGGGAGCAAGUGUGAUUUUCCUCGGCCUGUUGAAACUUAUGAUUGGCCUUCUUUUCGGAGAGACCUUGGUUGACCUCCUGAAGCGAUUUCCCGCUGCCUUCCUUGGUGUAAUGGUCAUUGCAGCCGGUACAGAGCUGCUUGGCGUCGGCGAGAGCCUCAACACCACGGGUGCUCGGGACCUCAACCAGACCGGUGGUGGCCUUGUGUCGAACAUUGAACAGCAUAUUGGUCCCAUGCUUACAGAUGAAGAACGCAGUCGUCGCUGGACUGUCAUGAUGGUCACUGUGGGAUUACUGGUAGGAUUCAAAAAUGAUGCGAUUGGCUUCAUUGCUGGUAUGCUUUGCCACUGGUCCUACGACAUCCCGAAAUGGUGGGAGCAGGCGCGUAGCCGCUGGUCGGAGGGACGUCUACGUCUACGUGACUAG